AUGUCUGAUAGUACUCCGAAUCUCCGACGCUCCUGCCGAACUGUGGUUCCGGUGACUCCGUUCACGAUCGACGUGCCGGUAGGAUCUUAGAAUCGCUUUGUGUAAUGAGGAAAGUUGAAAAUUGUUUAGCCUCCUGUGAAAAAAACGAAAAAGCAUGUGGCUCCGGAAGCUCCGGCUUCAGCUCCGGCUCUAACCCGCCCAUCUCCCCUUGUGCAUCCGUCUAUCGUACCACAACUGAUCGUCCGAUCGCCAAUCCGUGUCGUCAAGAAUUCCGUUCAGUCGGUCUCCGUUAGCAAGGUGAGGAGAUUGAAAUCUUUGAAGUUUUUCUUAUUUUCUGAAUUGCUAGCACUUUCAUCACUAGAAAGCAUUUGAAGAUAAUUUGAAAAUGAUUUAUUUUUAGCAAAUUGAAUUAACCUUUUAUUCAAUGCAGUGUAUCACUGUUGUCUGUAGAGAUAAAUUAGUUGACAACUUCUGAAUAUUUCUGCAAACAGCUGAGAUACACCGUUUUGAAAUCCUUUGGAAAACGAAAAAACCAUGUUCCUUUCCGUCCCGUGGACUCGUGGUUUCGGGGAAAAUAUAAACGUUUUUUUUUUACUUCAGGCGUACCCGACGAUAGUGAAUGGCGUGCCGCUCACCACCUACUCGAACCGCUGCCUAGACGCCAUCCUUAACGAUCCCUCGCCCUCGAACUCCGGUGCUGACGAUCAGGAUUAUAAGGCACAGGAACUAGGCAGUCUGUGUGCACAGGGAAUGGAGAUGACCGUCAAGGAGUUGCUUGCGAAGAACUUCACGCACUACCGACAACGACCGUCGGUGACUUCGGAACGAGCCUCGGAGAUUGUGAACCGGACGCUGAGCGAAAACGAUGUCCCGCAAGGCGCUCAGCUCUCGGGACCACCUACCCUGCCGCCCACUUUCAAAGUGGCCAGGGCUUAUCAACCUAGGAAACCGAAAGCUCCGCUUCCCACUCAGACACUGCAAAGUGCUCUAGAGUCUUUGGUGGCGUCGGCGCCAUCGGCAUACGACGAAGAAUCGAAAAAUGACGCGGAAACGGGUCUCGACGAGUACGCCUCUCAUAUGUUGGUCUCUUUGAUGCGCAGCGAUAAACAGAUCCCAUUGGAGCCCCUAGCCUACCCGGGAAACCAUCUUCCGUGGCCAGUGCUGUGGAAGCAAGUGCCCGAGUACCUCCAGGGCGACAUCUACGUGACGGUCGACGAGUGCGUCUACACGCCCAUGUACGAUAUCAUGAAGGGAGGCGUCUUCCAAGUGCCGAUCGACACGCCCGUCAGCUUUGUCUUCAACGAUCGCGUCCUCGAGCUUACGCUGCACGAGAUGCUCAAUGCGAACGGAAUAAAUCUUAACAGCAACGCCCAGCACUACCGAAUGCUGCAGGGAUUGUUCCAGAAGUCUGGAGUGCACAUUCGAGCGGACUACGCGGAACGGUUACACGAACUGCAGGCGUUGGAGUAUGGCUCCCUGUUCUUAGGGCAGCCGGGUAAGUCAGCAAGAUAACUGUAACUUAUAAUUCGACUAUUGCAGACCGUAAGCGUUCGCCGAUCCGGCUAACCAAUGACAAGCUUCCGCUGAUGUGCAAGUACGCUGAAAUCUUCAUGGGCGCGCUCGGACGCCGUAUCCAUGGUGCCGUACUCGUCGACACUUCAGGGGUAUCCUCUUUUGCCCCUCAUUUUGGCCUGGCUCCCCUCUCUCCAAGGGGCGAAGAAAGAAGAAGAAGAGAGAGAGAGAGACUCCCUCUCUCUCUCUUCCAAUUUCCGCUCCCUUUUCUCUCUCUCUCUCUCUCUCGUGUGUGUGUGUGUGUGUGUACAUCAAGUCAAAAAGAUGGGAAAGAGAGAGAGAGGGAGAGAGAGAAUCGUCUCGCCCUUUCUCUCUCUCUCUUCCAUGUCAAAGAGAGAGAGAGGGGGAAAGAGAGAGAGAGAGAGACACCUCAUAUCGUGAGAGUCUCUCUCUCUCUCUCUCCCCUGUAUAUUUGAGGGAAGGGGGCUGUGUGUAUGUGUGUGUGGCCGCGAAGAAGAAAGGCGACUCUCUUUCUCUCUCUCUCUCUCUCCCUCCCUCUCUCUCUCUCUCUCUCUCUCUUGUAGUGAGAAGAGAGAGAGAGAAAACUCUCUCUCUCCCUCUCUCUCUCUCUCUCUUCGCCGUCGCUUCCCCUUUCCCCUUCCAUCAUUCGCCAUCCCCUUUUCCCCUCGCUUCUAACCAAUCCCCUCCUUUUCCCCCAUUUUCUUCUCUCUCCUUCUUCCUAAUAUAUUGACAGAAAGAGAGAGAGAGAGAAAACCCAAUUUUUAGUUCUGACACUUUUCAAUCUCAACUCUUACGUGGCGGUUUUCACUUUCUCUCUUCCUCUCCCUCUCUGUCUCUGUCCCUCUCUGUCUCUGUCUCUCUCUCUCUUUCAUAUGAAUCAAAAUUCUAAUCAAUACCAACUUUUAUGACUAUCCUAGCCCGCUUGGCUAAGCGAUCGUGCUCCUCUGCACCCAGAACUUUGCUGUUUUCCAUUUUCGUCCUCAAAUGCAAUUUUUCUGAUUUUGCUUGAAAUUACAGCAAAAAUGCUUGUUUUCCCAAUUUUUCUUGUUUUAAAGACGUACAUUGAACACUUCUCCACAUAUCGGUCAUCUUUAAUUUUUGCUAGUGUUUUUCGAUAAUGUGUCCUGUGUACGAUUUCAAAACAAGAAAAGUGGAAAAACUGAGCAUUGUAAAUAAAAUUUCAAGGAAAAACGGAAAAAUACGUUUAGAGCGAAGUACUGUGUGCGGCAGAGCGUUUUUGCCGACUCCAACUAGCCCAAUUCCAGGACAAACCGCCCAUUGCGAAUCAGACGUUCUUACGGACCGUCUACUCGCAACCGCUCCCCCUCCACUUCCGUCGACAAAUCCUGAUAUUGUUCGAUUCCGAACUCCCGCUCCCGCAAAUCGCCGCCCGUUACGGUUGCUCGCUCCGAUCCGUUCACGAGACGAUCGGCACUCGGAUCCUCAUCGAACGCCAUCUCCUUGACCAGCACUUUUGCGAGGAAGAAGACUCCCAACAGCUGCUGGAAUCCCCGAGCGGAUCGCCAGCAAGUGCAACCAUCGAGACGGCGAAGAGCAUCGGAGACGUGAUGCGUCCGCGGAGCAAGAUCCGACGGACCCACUAUGUGGACCUGAAUAAGAUGGUCUGGAAGCAUUUUAAAGAGUGUCAGGCCGCUGGAGUGACCAUCAAUGGAAAGCAUUUGAAGGAUCAGGCAAUGAGAUAUGCCAAGCAAAUGGGUUAGUUCGAGUGCAGUUUGCAAAGUUUAUAGCAAACAAAUUAUGUUUUCCAUUUAGCAGCCAAAGCAUUUUUGUCUUCUGACAUAAUCUAUUGAGCAAUGCAAAUGCGCCCUACCGCAAAGUUCCAUUUGGGCACUUCCGCUCAACGCUUCGAGUUAGCGGCACUAAAUCUAAUUUGCACACUUCACAGAGCUAAAAGUCCGCAGUUUAAAACAGAAUAUUUCAGGUCUCGAGACAUUCCGCGGAUCGGAAGGCUGGCUGGACGCGUUCAAACGCCGUCACAAGAUCGAUCUGAAGACGAUGACGGGCUUUCCGGUGUGCUACGAGAACGAGAUGUACGACGACGUGGAGAAGGAGUGUCGGGACGACAUCUCGCCCACCCUGCUCAACCACCACCACCAGUACCUCGGUCACCAUCCGACCGGCUCCUCCUCCGACGACUUCGCCUCCAGUUUCUUCUCCUCGCUCACCAGUUUUCCGCAGCCGAUGGUCCAUGAGCCGUCGUCUAAUCACCUCCAGAACAUGAUAAAUUCGAUGAUGACGCCGCAGGACCCGCAGUCGCAGCAGAAUCAGCGCCACAUGGGCGACGACGGGCAGGGCGACGCCACGUUCCUCAACGUGAUGAGAAGUUGCCAGAUAAAAGUGGCCGACAAGGACGUGAGCCACGCACUCGACACCCUCCGCACCUACAUUGUCGCGCACGAUCCGGCGGCGAUGAGCCUCCUGCUUCCUCUUCAAGAACGACUCGCACUCUCCUCCUCGGGCAUUAGUGUAAGUGUGCUGGUCCCCGAUGAAUAACUUUUAUUUAUUUGUGAAUUCAGAUCUCAUCCUCGGAAAUUCCCUCCACCUCCUCGUCCUAA